CACCUGGCUGGGUGCUGGGUUGCUGCGCAAAAACGAAACCAAAACUUAAGUCCCAGCCUUUGGUUUCGUUUUAAAAUAAAAGCAUAGAAAUCCAGGGAGAUCCAGAGAGAUGCAGUCUGAGAAAACAGAUGCUGCUGAUGGAGUCUGACCAUGGAUGAGGAGGUUGACCCUGGCGAUGAAAAUGUGAACUCCGUCUUGGCUCAGGAAUCUUCAGAACUGUUCGAUGUCCUUAGCUGUCAGUCACCCACAGUCAUAAUGAGAUUGUGCCAAAUGAUGCCCAGUGGUGCUGGAUGGAACAUGGGCCAUCUGGCCCCCACUAGCUCUUCAGCAGCCGUAACAGAACGCAUCAAAGCCAUGCUGGAGUACUUCAGGGUGGCAAGCGCUGCAGACUGCCGCAACUUCCUUCAAAGCAUGUGUAUCUUGUGUGAGAAUAUCCCCAUGCGCCUGGAGUCAAGGCUUAUGUCAGUGGCCGGAUAUGCAAACAAUGUCAGGUUUCCCACUCUGACCGACUGUUCACCAUUGUCACCUUCAGAGCAGCAGCUUAUCAAACGCCCACGGAUUGACCACUGGGAGCAGUACAUCGCCUCAGUGGUGAGUUUAAUGUUGAGGAAGUGGGAGCGACUGAGUGAGGGCUUGGUGAGGGAGGUCCAGCUGGAGAAUGUGUGGGUCAGCCUAAGGACGACAAACAGAGGCAGGGACAGACCUGAUCAAACUCCUGGACCAGCAGACAGAGGGAGCAGAACACCAGAGCCUGAUGGGGAUUUUGGGUCUUUGGAGUCUAAAGUGACACUGGAGACCUUCCUCCAAGGAUGUGCAGGAAAGGUGACAGUGGUCGCUGGCCAGCCUGGAUCAGGAAAAACUCUGCUGAUGUCUUGUUUAGGACAGCAGUGGGCACAUGGUCUUGGCCCCAUCCCUUCAUCCUACCUGUUUGUCCUGCUAGAGUUUCGUCAGCUCAAUUUAAUAUCCAGCCCUCUCUCCUUGUCCGAGCUACUAUUGCGAUACUACCUCCCCCCAAAAAGGGGUGACAAUGAAAAGAGAGCCAUUGUGGAUUACCUCCUUUCCAAUCCAGAGCAAAGCUGUUGGGUGCUGGAUGGCUAUGAUGAGUUUAACAGCAAACUCACCAGACAAGAGGUGCAGAGAAAACCACUGGACCCAGAAAAAGCUCUACCUGUUGCAGACCUUAUCUCAGGGUUAUUAAAUCGUCAGCUUCUUCCAGGAUGCACUGUGCUGGUCACCUCUCGUGUACGUGACGUCAGAGAUUUGGAGGGCAUAUCAGAUAAAGUGGGGCAGUUACUCGGGUGGGACCGCUAUGAGAUCAAGGAGUAUGUGGUCAACUUCUUUGGGGUAAAAGGUGACUCAGCAAACAGAGCUCUCGGGGUGCAGGCAGCAGAUCUCCUUCUUUCCAGUCGACACCUCCUCGCCAUGUCAUAUCUCCCUGCCCUCUGCAACAUCUGCUGCAUCUGUCUUAAGCAUCUACUGCUAGAGGCUGAAACAAAAUUACAACCAGGAGACAGAGAGGAAGAAAGAGGAAAUGAGACGAGGAAAAAAGCCACAGAAAAGGAACUAAAAGAAGGACAGAUUGCAGGGGAAAGAAGAGGAGGGAGUCAAGACAUAACGAGGGAUGGGACAAAUGGCAGAGCCCAGCUACCUCCCACACCUGCCCAGAUACCCUCCACCCUUACACAGGUCUACCUCACUGUUCUCGGUGCAUUUCUGAGCCAUCAUUCUGGUAAAAAAGGAAACAGUGACAAGGCAAAGACCACAAAACCUCCACAGAGCACUGUCUGUAGACUGAUCGCUCAGAGUCAGUAUCAGUCUGAGUUAUGUGAGCUAAGUCAACUGGCUUGGCGAGGUUUAGAGGAAAACAAGGUCCUCUUCUUGAAAGAAGAUAUUCCUCAGGAUGUUUUGGAGUUUUCAGUCACCACAGGGCUCCUUUCACAGGUGGAGCUCAGACUUGAGGAUGGGAUUCUUGUCAAUGCCUACUGCUUCAUUCAUCUGACAAUACAGGAAUUUUUGGCUGCACUCAGAAUCAUGACCAGCAAUGAUGUUAGUGACGCACAGCUCAGAAAGAGAUUCAGUCUGAAAACUCGCUGGAUGACCAAGUCAGACCAGAGGACAGUCUUUACUGACUCUUUACACACAUUUGUAUGUGGUCUGGCUUCCCAACACUGCACUGCAGCCUUACUUCAAAUGGCCAGGGCUUCUGGUGGAACAGGAGUCCAAACUUGGGUCCAGAAACGACAAGCUCUUGUUCUCAAACUGCUAAAGAACCUGUGCCACAGCAACACACUGACUGGGCCCAAGAUACUGGAGCUUUGCCACUGUGUCCAGGAGAGCCAGGACCACCAACUGGCCAAGGAGGUUGUGGGUACGAGACCCACCCUAGAGCUGCGCAACAUCCGCCUCUUACCCAAUGAUAUAGAUGCUCUGGCUUUUGUAGUUAACUCAGUGGGUGAUAAUGGCAUCGGUUUGGACUUUGGAGCAUGCUCAAUGGAGCUGGAGUGUUUAGAUGUCCUGCCUAGGUGUCAGUACAUUCACUACCUCAGUUUUCGGAGCCGCAAGUAUGGCGACAAGUUUGCUGAGAAGUUGUCCUCCAUUUUGCCCGAGUUGACAACCCUGAGAAAACUAGAGUUUUGUGGUGCCAGUCUGACAGCCACAGGAGCAGCUAGUUUGGCUUCUGCUCUAGAGAAGUGUCCAGACAUCAAUGAAAUCAAUCUCAGUGACAACAGUCUGAAAGACGAAGGGAUGCAACACAUAGCUGAUAUCUUUACCAAACUACCGAGACUGGCCUCUGUAAUGUUGAGUCGAAACAACAGCUCCCUGAAAGCAGUGGACUAUCUCAUUGGGAAAAUGUCCUCAUGUUUGAACAUCCAACAUCUUCAUGCAGAUGCAAUGAAGGAAGUAAUAGUAAAUUUCUCCCAACUCUCAGAUAUGAGCAGCUAUAAAACUAAGUCUGAACCAACAAUCAGCUUGUUGAACCAGAAAUGGAGCAAGCCUGAGAUGCAAAAAGUUGCUAAAUCAUUGGCAUGUUGCCCCACCCUAUCUGUCCUGGACAUGUCUGGAGGCCAGUGGAAUGUGGAAAUUCUGAGGACACUGACUCAGUUUUUGCCAAAGUUCAGCGUCACCAACAAGAUCAUUCUGAACGACAGCUGCUCUUCAGUGGAGGGUUUGGUGGUUCUGACUGGUCUGUUGUCUAACUGUCCUGCUGUGGUGGAGCUUCAUAUCAGUCUUCAGUCAAGUCCAGAACCUGUUCAGGUGUCCAUAGUGUUCUCUGGAGGGAGAGAAAAGCCUGCAGGUCAAACAUCUAAAACACUCUGUCUCAGCUGCUGUGGUCUGCUGCACAUUGAUCUGGAGCGAGUGUGGAGGAGUCUGGGGACGUCCUGUGACCUCACUGUGCUGGAUUUGUCCAGUAACCGUUUAGGCAACAAAGGCCUGAGGAAGUUGUUGGAUGUCUUGCCUCAUCUUAGCAACAUCCAGGAAAUCAAUGCCAGUAACAAUGGCGUCAGCAUGGAGGGAGUGGUGAUGUUGGCUGGUACUUUGGGCUCGUCUAACAGCUUAAGAGAAAUUCACAUCAGUAAUGGAGGCAGAGAGCAGGUGAUCCUGAAGUUCUGCUCUGACAAAAGCGAUGACAAACAGCAGCUCAGGAUGUUCAGGUUAAACAACAGCAUCCUCCUGCCAUCUGAUGUAACCACAUUGUGUAGGAGAUUGGUCGAGUGUCGCUCCCAUUUGGAGUUAGAUUUGUCUCACAGCUCAUUGGAAGAUGAGGCCAUCAAGAAUCUGCUCAAAGUCCUGCCAGAGAUGGUGUCACUGCAGAGACUCAAUGUCGGCAACAGUAUCUCAUCCAUAACUGGAGCACUGAUUUUGGUCAGCUGUUUGACCGUCAGUCAGCGAGUCACAUCAGUAGAGCUCAGGCCUCAGAGUGAAGGCUUCAUCCAUUUUGACAGAGUGAAAACAGAACAUGCCAGCUGCAGGUUAACUCAUUUUAGCCUUGACUGCAACAACUUGGAGAGACUGACUGAGAUUCUGGAGCAGGGUCCUCCGCUGUUUGACCUGGAUUUAUCAAGUAACCAACUGAAAGAUGAAGGAGUGAAGUGUCUCAUGGAUUCUCUGCCAAGGCUAAAAAUCACCAGCUUUGUCAAUCUGAGCAACAACAGCCUGACCCAGCAGGGGCUGUUGUAUGUGGCCAGCACACUGUGCACCUGUGAUAACAUCUCUGGUGUAGAAGUCAGUAUGGGAGCAGAGGAAAGGUGUCUUAUUUGGUUCAGACACCACAGAGACAGUGAAAAGACUCUGAGUAUCAGAGAGAGUAGACUGGAACGUGAACAUCUGGUCAGAUUAGCAGAGAUCUCGUCAAACUGUCCCAAUUUGACCAAACUGGAGUUCAAGAACAAUUUACUGCAUUCGGAGUGGAUCGAAGACUUUGUGAAAGAGUUGAACAUUGGUCAGAGAGGAUGCAGUGUCAGUAUUGAGGAGUGUUGGAUCAGAGCUGAAAAAGCUAUUCAUUUAGUGAGUCGCUGUCUCGAGCUCAGCAGCAACAUUCAAACUAUCAAGGUGGACCAAACCACACUACACCUGUCUCUGAUGAAACCCACUGAACUUAUGUCAGUCAGCCUUGUGGACUGUGCACUAGAGGGGCACCAGCUUGCAUCUAUGUGGACCAUCAUCCAGAGGUGUCCCUCACUGACAGAGCUGGAUUUUUCCAUCAACAGCCUGGGCAUAGAGGGGGCGGAGUCUCUUAGUUCUGUUCUGCCAUCGCUGCCAAAUCUCACCUCUCUCAGUAUUGUUUCUAAAGAGACAUGUAAGGCUGUGGCUGAGAAGCUGUCUGAGGCCUUGCUGCAGUCUACAACUGUUCAGUGCCUUAAUUUAUCAGGUCAUGUGAUAAGUGACACAGCAGCUCAGACUAUGACAAGGAUGUUUCCCCGUUUACGAUCACUCAAUCUGUCUCACUGUUCAUGGUCACCGGCUGAAGGGCUGCAGCUCGUCACAGCAGCGCUGAGACAGUGUGUUAGUUUGGAAGGCCUUUGUCUGGACUCUGUGCACCUGGAUGAAAACAGCAGGGUGUGUCUGGCACAAGCACUGAUGAAUAUCCACUCGAUACGCCGUCUCAAGCUGAAUAAGAUUGGCACAGUGAUGGAACCACCAGAAGCAAACAGUGUGUUGGAUCUCCUCCAUGCUAUGGAGGGACUGAAACAAAUGCAGGAGAUAGAGUUGAAGGGCUGGAGGUUGGCUGAUAGAGCUGUAGAGCAGAUGACCAGACUGUUUCCUGUCUGGACAGAGCUCAGGAAGAUCAGUCUUUCAAAGACCCUUAAUGGCGACCAAUCAGGAGACAAGCUACUGGGGGCUUUGAUCAGCUGUAGUCAUCUGGAGGAGCUCUAUCUGUGUGGCAAUGGUCUUGGUGAUCUCACUGCUGCCAGGAUGGCUCUUGUCCUACCAUCAAUGACACACCUGACUGUGUUAGAUAUUUCAGAGAACACUAUUGGAUGUGAAGGGUCAGUGAGUCUGUCCAAAGCAAUAAUCUGCAUGAAGAACCUCACCAAGAUUCAAUUGACCUCUGUUGGGACUUCAGAGCUGUGUGCUGUAGCUUCCAGUCUGGCUCAUUGCCCUCUCAUACAGGAUGUGGGUCUGGGAUGGAAUAAUUGUGGUGAUGAAGUGGCGCUGGAGCUGGCCAGAGUGUUGCCUUUCUGUCAGAAGCUGAACAGAAUAGAUCUGGAGGCCAACAUUGUGACUGUUUUUGGAGUGGAUGCCCUGGUUAGAGCCUUACAGUCAUGCCCUGCUGUUCAGCUCAUCAAGCUGUGGAGGAACAAAGUGCAUCCCAAUGAAGCCCACAGGCUGAGUCUGAAGGACAGGAGGCUGAAUUUCUCAUCCACUUAAUACAGUCUGUGUUGCUGGCGGUGGAUCUCUGAAGUAGCACUUCAUCAAUGUCUGCAGAGGUGAAUCACUGCUAUAGUGUAUUAUUACUCUUUCCACAAAUGGACUUUGAAAUUGUUUUCUUCGUAGAAUAUUCAUCAUAAUGAAUGACUGUCAUGCAAAAAAUGAUGACGAUCUCCAUGCAAAGUUUUUGCUCUAACCUUCAUCAGUUGUGUAUGUGAUAAAGGCAGCAGCUGGUGUCUCUAAUAGUAUGAAUGAAAAGACCACUGUGUGGUUUAUAAUGGGAGAGAACCCAUUUAGAUAUACUCUACUAGAGAUAUACUCUAUUAGAAAAGAGUUCUGUUUUGGUAUUUCUCUAAAAUGUCUUAAUUUUUUAUCUUUAUAACUGCUGUAGAAAACAUUGUGUCGAAGUACAGAUGUACACUUGAAUGUCUUUAAAGGAUGAAUUACCUAUUUUUGGGACUGAUUAAAUGUAUGACUAUGCACUUAUUGGCCUCUAGUUUCACAGCAGUAAACUGACACAGUGAUGUUCCUUCACUCUGGUGGUGACACAGUUUUUUGUUGGUUUUUUUUGGAUGGUCCAUACUUGGUAUCACCAUGACUUGGGUGUGUUUAACUAGUGCAUAGAGAUAGUUGAGUUUUAUUAUAUAAGGCUUAAAAUGAUAAUUGAACCUAAAACUAAAAUGAAGUACUUGUUAAGAGUUUUUUCCUGGCAACAUACUGCUUGCCUGUAACCAACAUUUAACAUACAAAAAGUGAACCAGCAGGCUAUAAAGUUCAUCGAGUGUAUUUUUGGUGUUUUUGUGAAAACUGCAUGUUUUGGCUGAUUGUUUUUAGUUAACAGGCCACUUAAGAAGGAAGAUACGAGAAUUUGAUAUGAGAGACAUUUUCUUAUUACAAUCAUGGGCUUAAUACAUUUCUCUGUCCGGGAGCUGUUGGAAACUCACACUGCUGUGAAAACUAGAGGCCAUGAUGUAAAGGAUAUAAUACCACAAGCAGACUCUCAUACAUUGAGUCACUUUGCACUAUAAUGGCAUUUGCAAUAAUUAGAGGCCACAUUGGUGAAAACACAGUAAAUACAUGAACUCACAGUGAAGAAAGAGCUAAAGGGAGGACCCUCUCUGUUAUCUGCUCUUAUGCUCAUUUUAGGUUGUGGUCUCUAUCAUAUUUGCGUAUUUAUUUCUGCUGUUAUUAUAGAAAGGAUUUGAAAGGUUUGUUAGUGGAGUAAGGUGUAGUAUGUAAGUUAUUUAUUUUAUUUUAUAGCUGUAAUUCAAACAGAGUUUAAUUUUUUACACAAGUAAAUUGUACAUAAUUGAAUUGCUGUGUAAAGUGCUGUUUAUAUUUAAUGGCCUAAAGGAGAUGCAACACACUGUAACAAUUACAAACGGUGUCUUACUACUGAUAUUCCUUUAGUUUCUAAGUGUGCUGAUAACGUAAUGCUUGGGUGCUCAGUUCUGAAACUAGUGAACCUUGUUCCCUUUCUCAUUUCUUUUUGUGUGUAUUUUGUUUUUAAGGUUUGUUUCAGGUUCAUGUGAGAAAUGGCCUAUAUCCCUGACAUUCAUUCAUUCUGACUUGCACUGAUACAUCAAUUGAGAAAUAAAAAAUACAUCUUCAA